UGAAAUCACCAGCGUAUUUGCAAAGGGAAAGUGUUUUGCCCAGAUGCACAACGACAGAGCGCAGAAACUGGAAUUGAACCAUCAACCUCCGCCUCUUGAUGUGUAGUAAAGCGCUGAGGCAUUUCUUCGCUUCUCUAAAAUGAUGCAAAUGGAGGACUACCACAAACCGGACCAGCAGACCGUGCAGGCGCUGCGGAACAUCGCUGCCCGGCUCCGGAUCAACUCCAUCCGGGCGACCACGGCGGCGGGCAGCGGUCACCCCACGUCCUGCUGCAGUGUGGCUGAGAUCAUGUCCGUGCUCUUCUUCCACUCCAUGAAGUAUCACCCCGAAGAACCCAGGAACCCCAACAAUGACCGCUUCAUCCUCUCCAAGGGUCACGCGGCCCCGGUGCUUUACGCCGUGUGGGCUGAGGUGGGCUUCCUCAAAGAGUCCGAGCUCCUGAACCUGAGAAAAGUGGACUCCAUCCUGGAAGGUCACCCAGUCCCGAAGCAGCAGUUUGUGGAUGUAGCCACCGGGUCUCUGGGACAGGGUCUGGGCGCAGCCUGUGGAAUGGCCUACACCGCCAAGUACUUCGACCAGGCCAGUUACAGGGUGUUCUGUCUGCUGGGUGAUGGCGAGGUGUCCGAGGGCUCCGUGUGGGAGGCCAUGGCCUUCGCCUCCUUCUACCAGCUCCAUAACCUGGUGGCCAUCCUGGACAUAAACCGCCUGGGCCAGAGUGACCCGGCCCCCCUGCAGCACCACGUGGAGAAAUACCAGAGACGCUGUGAGGCCUUCGGCUGGCAGGCCGUGGUGGUGGACGGGCACAGUGUGGAGGAGCUGUGUAAAGUGCUGAGUCAGCCUCGUCACCAGCCGCUCGCCGUCAUCGCCAAAACCAUCAAAGGCAAAGGAAUCCCAGGUGUGGAGGAUAAGAUGGGCUGGCACGGGAAGCCUUUGCCCAAAGAGAUGGCAGAGAGCGUGAUCCGGGACCUCCAGGCUCGAAUGGUGAGCUGCAGUAAACGCAUGUACCCGGCCCAGCCCUCUGACGACGCUCUGCCUGUGAGUCUGAGGAACGUCCACAUGCCCAACGCGCCCAACUACAACCCUGGAGAUAAGAUUGCCACAAGGAAAGCGUACGGCAUGGCUCUGGCCAAACUGGGCCGGUACAACGAGCGCGUGGUGGUCCUGGACGGAGACACCAAGAACUCCACCUUCUCCGAGCUCUUCAGGAACGAGCACCCCAACCGCUACGUGGAGUGCUACAUCGCCGAACAGAAUAUGGUGAGCGUAGCGAUGGGCUGUGCGGCGCGAGACCGGAACGUGGUGUUUGCCAGCACCUUCGCCACCUUCUUCAGCCGAGCGUACGACCAGCUGCGUAUGGCCGCCAUCUCCGAGAGCAACAUCAACCUGUGCGGCUCCCACUGUGGAGUCUCCAUCGGAGAGGAUGGUCCGUCUCAGAUGGGCCUCGAGGACUUGGCCAUGUUCAGAGCCAUCCCCACGGCAACGGUGUUUUACCCCAGCGACGGCGUUUCCACGGAGAAGGCUGUGGAGCUCGCCGCUAACACCAAGGGUUUGUGCUUCAUCCGAACGAGCCGCCCUGAAAACAACAUCAUCUACAACUGUAACGAGGACUUCCACAUUGGACAGGCCAAGGUGGUGUGUAAAUCCAGUGAGGACCAUGUGACUGUGAUCGGAGCAGGAGUCACCCUCCACGAAGCUCUGGCCGCUGCAGAAAACCUCAAGAAAGAGCGCAUUAACGUCCGCGUGAUCGACCCGUUCACCAUCAAACCCCUGGACUCCAAAACCAUCAUCGACAACGCACGAGCCACCAGGGGGCGCAUCAUCACUGUGGAGGAUCACUACUAUGAAGGUGGUCUUGGCGAGGCCGUGUGCUCGGCUGUGGUGAAUGAACCCGGUUUCUCGGUGCACCGUUUGGCGGUGAGUCAUGUGCCGCGCAGUGGGCGACCUCAGGAGCUGCUGCGUCUCUACGCCAUCGACCGCGACGCCAUCGCUCAGGCCGUACGCAGGAUGCUCACCAACGCCGCCAAUGCCAUGUAACCUCUGACCUCACUGCUGCCACAGCGAACACCCACAACCAGGAAGUACACCUCAGGCCUCGGUGCGCCGCUGGGACUCGCUGAAAGCUCGCCGUUUUGUUUGAGCAAAUUUCUCUGAUCUGGCCAAGAUUUUAAAACUUAUAUCAGGUUAUUCAUCUUGUUUCCAGAUUUAUUUUCCACUUACUAGUUCAGAGAUGCUUACUGAUUAUAAUUAUAAUUUUAGGUCCAGUUUAACAGCUCAAAUAAAUAAGAAAACAGGAAAGUAUUAAAGUGGUUUGCUGUGAUUGUAAUAGAACAAAAUGCCGAGCUUUUAGGGAGUCCCCAGAAAUCUGUGUGUCAUUUGUUCAUUUGUUUUUUAAUAUAAAACCAAAAAUAAGAAAAUGAAAAAACAACUAUUUUCUUCAUUAUUUGUCUCCAAAACCAAAAUGAAAAAACAGAUAACGAUUUGUUUUUUUUGUUUGUUUGUUUUUUCUUCAGUUUUUCAAUUUUUGUGUUUAAAUGAAAAAUGGAAAAAAAGGGCCGGUUCCCGUUUUCGUGACGCCGAACUGAACCAGGACUGAACCAGGACUAAACCAAGUCCAGGACCAGACUAAGACUGAGACAAGGACUUAGACCCGGACCAGAUCAAGACUGGUACUGAGCCCACACCUGAGACUGGGAACAGAUCAGAAUUGAGACCAGAACUGAGACUAGGACUGAGGCCAGGAACAGGACCAAGACUGAGAUCAGGACUGAGCCCAGGCCUGAGACUGGGACCAGACCAGAACUGAGCCUGGGACCAGGACCAGGACUGAAAAUGGUUUAGCCCUGGUUUAGUCCUGCUUCAGUCCGUAAAAAAAACGAAAACUGUUUUUUCAUUUUGGAUUUGGAGACAAA